AUGGUGCACCGUGACGCGAGGACGACACGACCCGAGGUUUUUGACCCGACCCCCCUUUGCCUUCCCCCAGGUGGACAUCAAGAACUGGAACUCGGGCGUCGGCAGCGAGAGCAGCCAGAACAGCCCGUCGAAGGUCAAGAAGUUCCUGCCGUCCGUGAAGGCGCUGAGGAACCAGUUCGAGACCGGCAAGACCAGCAACGGCAAGGCCUCCGAGACCGCCACCAACGGCCACCAUCAGGCCUCCAACGGCACCAACGGCAGCACCCUCAACCGCAAGACCUCGAGCUCGACCUCGUCCCUCGCCAGCUCGACCUUGGAGAAGACCAGCAGUACAACGAGCCUCAACUCCGGCGGCGGCUCCUGCGAGAACCUCCUGAGCCCCGUGUCCGCCAUGGCCGAGAACGGUCGCGCGCAGCAGAUCGUGGAUCCCGACGAGCCCGUGGAGCCCAUCUUCAACCAGUUCAAGAAGGUGGACGAGGAACUGCGGGAACUGAUGAGCAAACCGCCGUCUACCACCGGAUGGAACCCGCGCCCUCUGUUGAAACGCCUCUACUACAUCCCCGACGCCCCCAAAGUACAGAGCCAAGGCACCACCUACGUCAACAUCGAGGGAUACCUGGAGAAGCUUCCGUCCGGGCGAAAGAAAGCCACCUUUUGGAACGCCUGGAAACGACGCUACUUCGUGGCCAAGGAAGGAGUGCUUUAUUACUACCAGAAUCCACAAGCAGACAAACCCAGCAUGAAGAUGACUCUGAUGGGAGGCAAAGUAGAAUGUAUGGAACCCAACAUGGUCGGCGUCGAUGAUGGGAAGGGCCAUUACGUCGUGGUGAGAUGCAGCUCUCGCCAGGAGGCCGAGCGAUGGCGCAGGGCCCUCGAGACGCACACGGUCGAGGACUUCGCCAGCCAGUACGUGCAGCCCUGGCCCGUCCCUAACGACCCUGCGCUCCUCAGGGACACCCUUGUCAUUGACCUGGGUUCCUGCUCCGUCAGGGCGGGCGUCCUAGCCUCGCAGGCCACCUUGCCCCAGCUGUUCCUUCCCUCGGUGGUGGCGACGGAGCGCGAGUCUCGGCGCCAGAUCUGGGGUUACGACGCCCUCACGCCGACGUCCCGCUGCCUCCACCAUCUCGUUCCCGUCCGACCUCGCAC